UGGGAAUACGGAUUAACACAUCAAUUCUUCUGCUGUCUAUCAUCACAAGAGUAAAGCUCCACCCCAGGAAAUCGCAGCUCAGCCUACUCGCACCCGAGUUUACUCAAACUGCUUUCACUGUCUGAACUGAUCAGACAUGACCAUGAAUCACACCAGCAUGGCAAAUGUUUUAGAAGCAGCUGAGGAAUACUACGAUUACUACAAAGAAGAACAAAACAUCCAGCUCUGCAGCAACACCAACAUACAUGCCUUCAGCCAAGUGUUCCUCCCUACCAUCUACAGCAUCGUCUUCAUCAUGGGCUUCGUCGGCAAUGCUCUGGUGUUGUGUGUCCUGGUCAAGUACCACCAAAGGUCAAACGUGACAGAUGUGUGUCUCUUCAACCUGGCCCUUUCAGACCUCCUCUUCCUGAUCUCACUGCCUUUCUGGGCUCAUUACGCUGCCGUCUCUGAGUGGAGCUUCGGGAGCUUCAUGUGCCAUAUGGUAACAGCGCUCUACAUGCUGGGAUUCUAUGGAAGUAUCUUCUUCAUGAUCCUCAUGACCUUGGACCGCUACUCUGUCAUUGUCCAUGCCCAUAAUUCCCUCUUCUCCAAGUACCGGUCCGUCAGAGCUAGCAUAGCUGUGGCUAUGUUUAUGUGGGCACUUAGCUUAGGAGCUUCUCUGCCAACCAUCAUUUUCUCCCAAGUGAUAAAUGACUCAAAUGUAUUAAUGUGCAAAGAGGAAUAUCCAGAAGAGACAUUCUUGUUGUUAUUCUCUUACAUUGAGAUGAACCUCCUCGGUUUGAUUAUUCCUCUCUCCGUGAUGGUGUUCUGCUACUCGCGUAUCAUCCCCAUCUUAAUGGCCAUGAAAUCUCAGAAGAGACACAAAGCUGUCAAGCUCGUCCUGGUCUUGGUCAUUGUUUUCUUCCUCUUCUGGACGCCCUACAACAUCGUCCUCUUCAUGAAGUUCCUGCGUCAGUUUGGCUACAUGGCCAGCUGUCAAUGGGAGGAGAACCUGAACAUGGCCACGCAGUGGGUGGAAACCUUAGCGUUCAGUCACUGCUGCCUCAACCCCAUCAUCUACGCCUUUGUAGGGCAGAAAUUCAGGAAUUCCAUACUGAAGAUAUUUAAACAGUGGUUUCCUAUUUGCUUUGGUCGAUGCUCUAUAAUUGUCAGUGAGAUCUCAGAGAGGAGAAGCUCUAUGUACUCAAACUCCUCAGUGGUUUCCAGCACGAAGAUUGUGUAGCUAAAAGCAGAAAAAAAUGUAAUUCCUUAUUGUUAAAAAAGAAGUGCAUUUAAACAUGUAGAAAGUUCACAAGUUGGUAAGAUUUUCGUUUUUUAAACACAACUUUGUAUUUUCUCUGCUCACUUUUUUAUUUUAAACAGCAUCAAUGUUUAUAUCUGAAUGUAAAUAAUGCAGCC